UAUCCUUAAAUGCUUUCAGUGGAAAAACUGACAGAAAGAACAACGCUUCUCCCUCACUGAAGGAAUAUGUUUAAUCCCUGGCUGACCUCUGCACUUAUUUGGGGAAGUUUGUGUGCAGGACCCAGUCGGGGGGAGGUGGGGACCAGAGAGUGUGUUUACUACAAUGAUAACUGGCGAACAGAAAGGACCAAUCAGAGCGGUCUGGAGCGAUGUGAGGGAGAAAAAGACAAGAGGCUACACUGCUACGCUUCCUGGCUCAAUUCAUCUGGAACCAUCCGCCUGGUCAAGAAGGGUUGCUGGCUAGAUGAUUUCAACUGCUAUGACAGGCAGGAGUGUGUGGCCACAGAAGAGAGUCCUCAGGUGUUUUUCUGCUGCUGUGAGGGGAACUACUGCAAUGAGAGAUUCACCCACCUGCCUGAUAUUGUCGGACCCCCAGGUCAGUUGAAGAUCCAGCCUCCGAGGCCAGCCCCGUCUUUGUUGGGUGUGCUGGUCUACUCUCUCCUGCCUUUAGCUAUCCUCUCCCUGGCUCUGGUGCUAGCCUGCUGGACCUACCAUCAGCGCAAACCCCCUUAUGGCCAUGUGGACAUCAGUGAGGAUCCGGGACCAGCUCCCCCAUCCCCUCAUGUGGGGCUGAAGCCUCUGCAGUUGCUGGAGAUUAAAGCUAGAGGGCGCUUUGGCUGUGUGUGGAAGGCCCAGUUACUCAGUGAAUAUGUGGCAGUGAAGAUCUUCCCCAUUCAGGAUAAACAGUCGUGGCAGAACGAGAGAGAUAUAUACCUCACAGAGGGGAUGCGACAUGAGAACCUCCUGCGGUUUAUCUCAGCAGAGAAGCGAGGGAGCAACCUCCAAAUGGAACUGUGGCUCAUCACUGAGUUUCAUGAGAGGGGCUCUCUAAUGGAUUAUCUGAAGGGUAAUGUGGUGAACUGGGCUGAGAUGUGUCAUAUUGCUGAGAGUAUGUCCCGAGGCCUGGCCUACCUGCACGAGGACCAGCCUUACCGAGCUGAGGGACCCAAGCCUGCCAUUGCACACAGGGACUUCAAGAGCAAGAAUGUGUUGGUGAGGACAGAUCUGACUGCUGUGAUUGGAGACUUUGGGCUUGCUGUGCGCUUUGAACCUGGAAAACCCCCAGGAGAUACUCAUGGCCAGGUGGGCACCAGGCGUUACAUGGCUCCAGAGGUGCUGGAGGGGGCCAUAAACUUCCAGAGAGAUGCCUUCCUGAGGAUUGACAUGUACGCCCUUGGCCUGGUGCUCUGGGAGUUGGUGUCUCGCUGCACCGCUGCAGACGGUCCAGUGGAUGAGUAUCUUUUGCCCUUUGAGGAGGAGAUCGGGCAGCAUCCGUCCCUGGAGGACCUGCAGGACGUGGUGGUCCAUAAGAAGAUGAGGCCAGUCUUUAAGGAUUGCUGGCUAAAGCAUCGGGGUCUGGGCCCGUUGUGUGAGACAAUAGAGGAAUGCUGGGAUCACGACGCAGAGGCCCGCCUGUCCGCAGGCUGCGUGGAAGAACGUAUCAGUCAAAUCGCCAGGGUAACCAACAGCAACAACACUACCUCAGAUUGCUUGGUCUCUGUGGUAACCUCUAUCAGCGACACAGACCCUCCACCCAAAGAGGCCAGUACCUGA